AUGAACCAACUGGAAGUUGUCAACUCGGAUGAGCUUGAAGCCGCCCUUCAGGAGAGAGAGGGCUGGCAGGGCAAGUGGCCAUCUGUUCGUGUGAUUGAUUUUUGCGACGGGACAAUUCUAGAAGAUUAUGCCUUUGACGUUGCUGUCGACCUAGAGAUGUUCCUUCUACGACUAAUUCUACUCGAAACCCGCCAGGUCACGCCCAGCAGCAGCAGCAAAGGCUCCUGGCAAGGCGAAGUGCUUUCCGCCGCCGUCAACCCAGCCAUGCUGAGAUGCCUCCGCGAACACGCCGGGCUGUUUAACACUUUCAUUGAGGCAACUUGCGGCAUUGGACACUGGUAUUCUGCAAAACAUGUUUGCUAUGAUGAUUCUCUGUCGAGAAACGAGAAGCUGGAGGGACGUGGGGAAUUUGCUUUUCAGAAAGAGUUUGUGAUUCUGAUAUUGAGUGUAGACGUGUUUUACGAGUACAUCCCUCUGGAAAAGAAGCAUUCGUGCACGCAAAUGUCAACAGACUUUCAAAGCACGACGUAUUUUUUUCUUGAUCUUCCUGCAGCGGUGCUCACUCGGUUUAUGAGAGAUGUUGCCGAGGAGUGCAAACUCUCGACAAGCUUCUUUUACUUGGAUACUUUGAUUGCGGACGAGGCGAUGAGGACGUGGCAGAAAGACAUUGCCCGCAAGCGGACGGCUCUGAAAUCGCUCGAUCAUACAGUUGAACACUCAAAAGUCAACAUCCAGUCCAUUCAUGAAUUACACGCCCUCGCUAGAGAAUGGCAUAUCCUCGCCCGCAAUCUCUCCGAUUACGCAGCUCUUCUCGACUUCUUCAAGAGUGCCUCUUCAAGGUACUUUAUCGCGUCAAGCGCCCAUGGGGGCUCAACGACACAGACCAAGGCGAUGCUGAGUGGGAGUCUCGAGUAUCUCGCUUCGAGCUGCCGAUCGCUCGCUUAUUUGGUAUCCGACUACAGCGGUCGAACCAAGACACGGAUUGACUUGCUAUAUCAUCUUGCGAACCAAACAGAAAGUCAGUCGACGCGUGAACUCGCCGAACUGGCACGGCAGGACAGCGCUGCGAUGCUCACCAUUGCGGCCGUCACUCUGUUAUUCCUGCCGGGGACAUUCAUUGCAGUGAGGCCUCUAAUCUUCCAAGAUUUCCUUGAGUGCCACUUGUAG